AAGAAAAAAAGCUGGAGAAGGGCAAUUUAUCUUUCUUUUCCAGAUGACUGAAAAUAUCUACAGGAUCCUGUCUCUUCGGUUGUCAUCUGUGAGUAGCAUAAGGGAGAGGCGGCUGAGGAACAAAAAUGAUAUCGGUCAAAAUCAUUCCAGCACCUACUUUUUCCUAAGGAACUUCAUGCCCAUAGGGGUUUUCUGUGGGCAUUUCCAGGAGUGAGACCGAGGUACCACAGAUGCAUCCCUACCGGAUCAUGUAAGAAUUUGCUAAUGAGAAACAUACCCCAUCCAGACCUUCUCUGCCCGCUUUGCAGUACAUGGUUUGGUGUAAGCACAGCAAUUCUCACAUCUUUCUCUCCCUUUUAAGUCUCUUGAGCUUGGAGACCUCUCUCCUCAUUGCAAUUAUGAUUAUUUGCAACAUCAGUGCCAUCAAAGAUUGGAGCACUUUCCUUUCCCAAAUCCUCCCCAGCGUUAACAAGACUCUGAACUUGGUACAGCAAGUGGAAGCCACCACCAGCUCGGUGGUAAGUGUCCUCCAGGACCCUGAACAGGACAACUACCUGUCCAAUAGCCAGUCUAUGAACUCCAGCAACUUCACAGCUGGCCUGGACCACUUGUUCCAGUACUCAUACUCGGACAAUGACCAGCUCUACAAGGAGUACAAGCCCCCUCCUCGAGAUGCCAUUCCUCUGCCCAAGGCUGUCCUCUACCUCCUCAUGGCAGCACUGGUGGUGGUGGCAGUGGCGUAUGCCAUCGUCGGGCACCUCAUCAAGGACCUCAUUUACGACUUUGUAGACUGGAUCUUUGGCCCCAGCCCGGAUGACAACAGCAACAAGAGCGACAUCAACUGCAUCAGCAACAGCGUCAACGAGAUGAGCGAGAUGCCCGAGGCACCGCGGCACCGGGAGCGCCACCCCCAGGACGUGGUCAUUGCCAUCAGCGAGACUUGCCACUUGCCACAGCAGACGUGACCCGUGCCACGUCCGGGCCAGGCGGGAUGGAGCAGCGGGAUGGAGAGGAGGGAUGGAGCAGAGGGAUGCAGCGGAAGGAUGGAGCAGUGGAACAGUGCAGCAGCCACCUUGCAGGACCGGGCAGGGAGAGGAAGGGAUGGGCAGAGCUGGCACCGUGGAGCAAAGCCCUUCUCCCCCUGGUUUUACCAGCCUCUAAGGACCUUUCCAGGGUGGGUGGCAUCACCCCUUCUCCCAGGCUUGUCAGCCCUGUCCUGACAUCUGCCGUUGGGUUUGUGGCCCCCUCUUUUUUCCCUGUGAAUAGCAAAAAAGAAAAAGCAAAUGCAAAAUACACCCACCAAA